AUGAAUCUGAAAGUAUUAAACAGAUGUAGACAAGCUUUUUAUUUUUCUGUCUACAUCAGUGGUGGAAGUGGGGACACUGCCAGCACUGUCUACAUCAGUGGUGGAAGUGGGGACACUGCUAGCACUGUCUACAUCAGUGGUGGAAGUGGGGACACUGCUAGCACUGUCUACAUCAGUGGUGGAAGUGGGGACACUGCUAGCACUGUCUACAUCAGUGGUGGAAGUGGGGACACUGCUAGCACUGUCUACAUCAGUGGUGGAAGUGGGGACACUGCUAGCACUGUCUACAUCAGUGGUGGAAGUGGGGACACUGCUAGCACUGUCUACAUCAGUGGUGGAAGUGGGGACACUGCUAGCACUGUCUACAUCAGUGGUGGAAGUGGGGACACUGCUAGCACUGUCUACAUCAGUGGUGGAAGUGUGGACACUGCUAGCACUGUCUACAACAGUGGUGGCAGUGUGGACACUGCCACCACUGUCUACAUCAGUGGUGGAAGUGUGGACACUUCUAGCACUGUCUACAUCAGUGGUGGAAGUGGGAACACUGCCAGCACUGUCUACAUCAGUGGUGGAAGUGGGGACACUGCUAGCACUGUCUACAUCAGUGGUGGAAGUGGGGACACUGCUAGCACUGUCUACAUCAGUGGUGGAAGUGGGGACACUGCCAGCACUGUCUACAUCAGUGGUGGAAGUGGGGACACUGCUAGCACUGUCUACAUCAGUGGUGGAAGUGUGGACACUUCUAGCACUGUCUACAUCAGUGGUGGCAGUGUGGACACUGCCACCACUGUCUACAUCAGUGGGGGAAGUCGUCAGUCGUCCUGGAGAGUCUCGAAGGACUCUGAGUCAAGACUCUUGAGAGCGGCUCGUGGUACAAGCCGCUCUGGUCAGGAACUCUCACAAAGAUUCAAGAGUCGGAUUGACUCCGACUCUGAAUUAUGUGAGGUUUCUGGAUCAAAGCAACCCACUCACAUGCAGGGCUGGGAGCGAGGGGCAGCUCUAUCCACCAACUGGUCGGUAUCCAUCACCCAGAGACCAAACGUCAACUGGUGUUAUGGAGUUCUUGCAGUGGCUGUAGAGAAUGGCACCUUCCUGGCUGCUAGUGGCACCUUCCUGCCAGCUAAUGGCACCUUCCUGCCUUCUAGUGGCACCUUCUUGCCUGCUAGUGGCACCUUCCUGCCUUCUAGUGGCACCUUCCUGCCUGCUAGUGGCACCUUCCUGCCUGCUAGUGUCACCUUCCUGCCUUCUAGUGGCUCCUUCCUGCCUGCUAGUGGCACCUUCCUGCCUGCUAGUGUCACCUUCCUGCCUUCUAGUGGCGCCUUCCUGCCUGCUAGUGUCACCUUCCUGCCUUCUAGUGGCGCCUUCCUGCCUGCUAGUGGCACCUUCCUGCCUGCUAGUGUCACCUUCCUGCCUUCUAGUGGCGCCUUCCUGCCUUCUAGUGGCGCCUUCCUGCCUGCUAGUGUCACCUUCCUGCCUGCUAGUGGCUCUUUCCUGCCUGCUAGUGACACCUUCCUGCCUUCUAGUGGCACCUUCCCGCCUGCUAGUGGCACCUUCCUGCCUGCUAGUGCUAAUGGCACCUUCCUGCCUUCUAGUGGCACCUUCCUGCCUGCUAGUGGCACCUUCCUGCCUGCUAGUGGCACCUUCCUACCUGCUAGUGUCACCUUCCUGCCUUCUAGUGGCGCCUUCCUGCCUGCUAGUGGCACCUUCCUGCCUGCUAGUGUCACCUUCCUGCCUUCUAGUGGCGCCUUCCUGCCUUCUAGUGGCGCCUUCCUGCCUGCUAGUGUCACCUUCCUGCCUGCUAGUGGCUCUUUCCUGCCUGCUAGUGACACCUUCCUGCCUUCUAGUGGCACCUUCCCGCCUGCUAGUGGCACCUUCCUGCCUGCUAGUGCUAAUGGCACCUUCCUGCCUUCUAGUGGCACCUUCUUGCCUGCUAGUGGCACCUUCCUGCCUUCUAGUGGCACCUUCCUGCCUGCUAGUGGCACCUUCCUGCCUGCUAGUGUCACCUUCCUGCCUUCUAGUGGCUCCUUCCUGCCUGCUAGUGGCACCUUCCUGCCUGCUAGUGUCACCUUCCUGCCUUCUAGUGGCGCCUUCCUGCCUGCUAGUGUCACCUUCCUGCCUGCUAGUGGCUCUUUCCUGCCUGCUAGUGACACCUUCCUGCCUUCUAGUGGCACCUUCCCGCCUGCUAGUGGCACCUUCCUGCCUGCUAGUGGCACCUUUCUGCCUGCAAGUGAUCACUGGAUUAAAUGUUAUGAAUUUGAAAUCUUCUCCAAAUUUGGAGAUGGUUCUUUUUAUACUGCCAGUAUUGAAAUGUUUGAUGACUGGUCAGGUCCUGGAAGACCCUAUGGUGGUACUUAG